AUGUUAAGGUUUAUUGGAAGGAAUCUAAAUCGUUUCAAUUUUUCAGAAUUAUAAAAAUUUGGGAACUCUUUUCUUGGUGGUUCUAAUGCAGAAUAUUUGGACAAUUUAUUAGAUAAAUGGUCUUAAGACCCAAAUUCUGUGCCAGCAACUUGGGAUGCAUAUUUUAGAUAAGUAUGUGAAUCUAAUAAAUUUGAUUUCACACCAGAGCCUUAGAAGGGUUAGAGUAUAUCAUUUUAAGCAGAUGUAUAAUUUAAAGUAAUUUUGAAUAGCAAGUUUCAAGUGUUAGAAAAUUGUUGUCAGAUCACUUUAGAGUGAGACUUUUAAUUAAUAAAUACAGACAUAGAGGACAUGAAAAAUCAAUUGUAGAUCCACUAGAUUUAGAACACAUACAAUAAAUUGGGAAAGUAAAAGGGUAUACAAAAUUGGAUUAUCGUGAAUAUUUUGGAGAAGAAGAUUUAGAUAGAGAGUUUUAUAUUCAUGAUGAAGUAAGUUCUGGGAUAUCAAAAGAGAAAAAAUGUAAGCAUAUGAAUAUUAUGAUAGUGAUGAAAUUGAGAGAUUUAAUAAAUUACUUAGAGAAAGCUUAUUGUGGGAAAAUAUCUUAUGAAUAUAUGCAUAUUUAAUCAACAGAAGAAAGAAAUUGGAUAAGAGAAUAAAUAGAAAAGUUCGAAGAGUUUUUGCCUUCAAAGGAAUAAAAGUUGAAGACUUUCUAAAGGUAACAGUGAAAGAAUAUAGUUAUUAGACUUGGUUAGGAACAUGCUUUUAGUACAUUUUUAUAAAAGAAAUUUAAUACAUCAAAGAGAUUUGGUAUAGAGGGAUGUGAUUCAAUGAUAUCAGGAUUAUAAUCUAUGGUUGAUAGUGCAGCUUAAGCAGGAGUAGAAUAUAUAGUUUUUGGGAUGGCUCAUAGAGGAAGAUUGAAUACAUUAUACAAUGUGUUUUAGAAAUCACCAGAGGAAAUAAUGGUAGAAUUUUAAGAUUUGAAAGGGAUAUUUAAUGAAGAUAUAUGGGGUAAUUCAGGAGAUGUUAAAUAUCAUUUGGGAAGUGUUCAUAAUGUUAAAUUCGGUGAUAAAAAGUUAAGAUUAGAGAUGUUACCAAAUCCAUCUCAUUUAGAAACAGUAGAUCCCUGUGUGUAUGGGAAAGUUAGAGCAAUAUAAGAUUAUCAUAAAGAUAAGAAUGGAGAAAAAGCAUUUGGAGUACUUAUUCAUGGAGAUGCAGCAGUUGCUGGUUAAGGAAUAGUUUAUGAAUCAUUGUAAAUGGCAGAUUUAGAAGGUUAUAAAUCAGGUGGUAUUAUUCAUAUAGUUUCAAAUAAUUAAAUUGGAUUUACUACAGUACCAAAAGAUAGUAGAUCAGGUUUAUAUUGUACAGAUAUUGCUCAUGUUAUUUAAGCACCUGUGAUUCAUGUUAAUGCUGAUGAACCUGAAUUAGUAGAUAAAGUAUUUUAAGUUGCAACACUUUAUAGAAAUAAAUUUAAAAGAGAUAUUUUUAUAGAUUUAGUUGGUUAUAGGAGAUAUGGACAUAAUGAAUAAGAUUAACCUAAAUUUACAUAACCAAUUAUGUAUGAAAAAAUUGAAAAGACUCCACCAGUAUUUAUAAAAUUCUCUGAGAAAUUAAUUGCUUAAGGAAUUGUUACAAAGUAAGAAGUCGAUCAAUUAAUGAAAUAACAUGAAGAUAAUUUAGAAUUAGCUUAUUAAAAAUCGAGGAAAAUGGAUUAUAAUUUAAAAGAUUGGCAACCAGUACCUUGGGAAAUGAUUAAAAUUCCAAUUCUUUGGGGAAGAAUUAAAGAUACUGGAGUUCCAGUGACUAUUUUGAAAUAAAUUGGAGAAAAGAUUAAUACUAUACCAAAUGAUUUUAAUGCUCAUCAAUAAAUAAGAAAGUUUUAUGAGGAAAGAUUGAAUUGGAUUUAAAAAGAUUAAGGAGUUGAUUUUGCAACAGCAGAAGCAUUAGCAUUUGGAACAUUAUUACAUGAAGGAUUUAAUAUUAGAUUAUCUGGAGAAGAUGUUCAAAGAGCAACAUUUUCACAUAGACAUGCUGUUAUUCAUGAUUAAAAGAAUCCAAAUGGUAAUCCUUAUGUUCCUUUACAUAAAGUUAUACCAAAAGGUUAAGAGGAUAGAUUGAGUAUUUAUAAUUCACAUUUAUCUGAAUAUGGAGUAUUAGGAUUUGAAUAUGGUUAUUCAAUUACUAAUCCAAAUACUCUAGUACUUUGGGAGGCUUAAUUUGGAGAUUUUGCAAAUGGAGCAUAAAUAGUUAUUGAUAAUUAUAUUGCAAGUGCUGAAUCUAAAUGGGAUGUUGAUAGUGGAAUUGUAUUAUUAUUACCUAAUGGUAUGGAUGGAUAAGGACCAGAACAUAGCUCUGGUAGAAUUGAAAGAUUUUUAUAAUUAAGUGAUGAUGAUCCUGCAGUAUUUGAAAGAAAUCUAGGAGGUAUAUAUUUUUAUUAUCUAAAGUACGACUUAAGAGAUAAAUGAGAAAUUCUAAUAUGUAAAUUGUUUAAUGUACAACACCUGCUAAUUAUUUCCAUUCCUUAAGAAGAUAAUUAAGAAGAGAUUUCAGAAAACCUCUUAUUGCCAUGACUUCCAAAAAACUCUUAAGGUUAUAAGCUGCAAAAUCAAAACUUAAUGAAUUCUCUGAAUAAGCUAGAUUCUCAUAAAUUUAUGAUGAUCCUUUCCCUGAAUAAAUUAAUUAACCUCAUGAAAUUUAAAGAGUCAUCUUAUGUUCAGGAUAAGUCUAUUAUGACAUUCUCAAAAAAAGAGAAGAUCUUAAAGUCAAAGUAAUCAAAUAAUUCUAUUUAGAAUACUGCCAUUGUGAGGAUUGAAUAAUUAGCCCCUUUUCCAUAUGAAUUCCUAUAAUCCGUUAUAUCUAAAUAUAACAAAGCUCAUUUUGUUUGGGUCUAAGAAGAACAUUAAAAUUAUGGUCCCUGGUCCUUUGUUAGACCAAGAAUUUAAAGUGUCAUUUCCAAAACUUAAACCUUAAUUCAAUAAUAAGUUUAAUACAUAGGCAGAAAACCAAGUGGAUCACCAGCUACUGGAUUUCAUUAACUUCAUGAGAAAGAAGUUCAAACCUAUUUAACUAAGGCUUUUGAAUUCUGAUACCUGGU